AUGUCCUACGUGAUCGACCACGAGCUCUACAAACUCGUCUGGCAGUACAUCCGGCCGUUCGAAGACAUCGCCUAUGCUCGACAAUGCCCGGAGAACAAGGUGAUAUCACAUGUCACCGUGCUCUGCAUGGAGAAGGAGCACCUGGGGCGCCUUUUCGACUAUUGUCCACUGUGUCUCCCGUCAGACUGCCCCAUGAAGGCUUCUUACGUGCAGCCCAAGUUGGCCGCACGGUUGGCAUUGAGGGACGCGCUGGAGGGUCUCCAGAACCCUCCCAAGCUCGAGGGAUGGCUCUUUCCUGGAGCCAUCAAAUCGGCGUUCAGGCCGGGGGCGUUGCCGGCAAGCCUCAACGGGGAUGGAGAGCUAAGGGUUAUCCUUGCUCUGGUAUACGUCAAGGAGAAUGAAUCUCCUAUGUCCAUACCUCUGGUCGUCGAGGUCGUGAAGGAUAGGCUGCGGCUCUUCUUCCGCCAGCCCAUCACCACCCAGAUCUUCACCGGGCUUUGCUGGUGGAGGGACCCUACGCUGCGGUACCGGCCCGAGGCCUUCGACAUGUACAACCUCAAGUACAGGACCUGGGAACGCCUGCCAUCCUCCCCCGAGCCACCCGAGAGGUGGAUUGACAACUCCGUUUACCUCCCCCUUCCUCUUCGCCACAUCCCGAUCUUCAAACCGGCGUCGCUCGUGACCACGCCAUACCCUGAGGGAUUUUCGCUCGGGCGUAAGCGUAUCACGGCCGUUUGCUCGAUGAAGGUCAAUUUUAUUCCCCACAUCGAGUUUUUGUGGCCGCGCGGCCUCAAAAACCUUCCAUCGUACGUCAAGGCGAAGUGGACGCUACCUGCGACUUCGCGCUGUACAGCGUGCUCGAUAGUCCUUUCCAACUCGAGCAUUAUCUCACGCAGCCCCGUCUGCCCCCACCGCAAGACGAUCAAGCACAUCACCGUUCUCUGCCUGGAGGGCGAACACUUCGGCAUUCUUUUUGACUAUUGCCCAACGCUGGUGUCGUACUGGCUUCAGCCGGCGAUGCAACAGCGGGAGGCCCUGCUGGACGUGUUGACAGAGCUCGAGGACCCUCCGACGCUGGAGGGCUGGCUCUUCCCGGGGGCCAUCAAGGACUUCUACCACCCGCUGAUGAUACCGGAGUUGUUGAAGGCCGACGAUGAGGGGAAGGAGAAGGAAUUGAGGGUGGUGGAGGUGCUGGUGUUCACUGAGGACGAAUGCUUGCCCAUGUCCCUGCCCCUCAUUUCUGAGGUGACUGGGAACGUGCUGACGCUGAAGUUCUGUCAGCCCAUCACCGCCCAGGUGUUCCCUGAGCUUCCGUGGGACAGGGAACGCCAACGCCGUAAGGACGACCCGCCGGCCAAAUUCGAGUACUACGACCUCAACAGCAGGUCGUGGGUUCAGGCCCUGGCAACCACCUGGAAAGCCGGCCGCAUCAGAAUCCCUCUCCCCCUCCGCCAGCUCCCCGUCUUCAAGCGCACGGACGUGCUAGUUACGCGGAAGGAGGCCGAAGACUAUUCCCUCGGGCUCCUCCCUCUACCGCCUCUCUGCUUGAUGCUGGCGAACUUCUCGCCGCAUCUUGAGUUCCUGCGCCCUACGGACCUCAAGUACCCGCGGACCUACUCCGACGCGCAGUGGACCAUCGACAAAGAACAAGUCGCGACGUGUCCCAGCGUCUGGGACGAGGACGCUACCGCUGCUGGCUCGGAGACGGGGGAAGGCGGCGGCGAGUCAGAGGGGAAGAACGGCGACAGUUUGGAGGAGUGA